AUGAAGCGACAGAUUCAGUGAGGACGUACAUCCUUCCCUUUCAGAAGAGUUACGAGGUAUAAAUCAGCACAAUCAUCAUCCACACAAGGAAAUAGGAAAAUCAACAAGUGUCAUCAUGAUGCUUUCACAAGGUUUGUGCUCUGUCAUUCUGAUAUCAACCUUGAAAGCAGUGUAUGGGAAUUUUUACCCGACCUUUUCCGUGCCAUUGUCGUUUGCUCCACUCCGACGUGUUACAAUGAAACCAGAAUCUGAAAAUAUUUACGUGGGUGGUAAAAAUAUACUUUUGCAUCUGGAUGGAAAUCUCACUGUAAUAGGAAACAAAACAAUCGGUCCGGUAAAGGACAGCAAGCUGUGCUCUCCAGACCAGAAAAUGUGCGUCUCGUUAGAGUGGAGGGAUAAUUAUGUGGAAGUUUUGAAGUUUCUCUCCAAGCGCAGGAUGGUACUUAUGUGUGGAUCUGUCAGGCAAGGUCUCUGCAGAUUGUUGAACAGCUACUCCAUAUCACUGGAGGAACAGUUUUUAAACAAACACACGCAAAAUUUUGUUGGAAGUAGCAGGGGAACGAUUAUAGUGCCAUACGGCACACCCGGUCAGCAAUAUGACCACUACUUCAUCGGUCGAAGUUGGGAUGGACGCAAAAUGGAGUAUACAUUUCCGGAAUUUUCGUUCAUGGAAAUCCGUAAUAGGUCUGCAGACCCUGACUUUCGAUGGGAAUUUCAAAAUACUACAAAAUAUACUUCUGUCGGAAUUUGUCAUUCGAAACGAGAGUCUGUCUCAACCCAGUUCAUCUACGGUUUUAAGAAAGAGGGAUUCGUUUUUAGCAUUUAUACCCAGGCUCGAAACUCCUCUAAUGGCAUGGUAUACGAAACUAAAUUGUCAAGAAUAUGCACGAACGAUAAGUACAUGUCGUCUUUUAAUGAAGUAAUUUUGGAAUGUCGAAUCCAUAACAUCGCAACGGCUGCUUUUUACAAAGAGGACGAGGCGACAUCGACUUUGUACGUCGCGUUUGGCGUUAGCACGGAUUCCCUGCAACCUUCCCAUAAUGCUACAGCAGCCGUCUGCCAAUUUACACAAGUUGAAAUAGACCAAAUGUUUAAAAAUUUGAUCAUACAUUGUUUUAAUAAUGCAGACGCCAACUCACCUCCUGAUUGGUCAACGUGCGGAGAGGCGGGGCGUUGUCUUCGCGGCAAGAUGAAACCUGAGAAGUAUUGUAGCGCGGAGGCAAAAAGCGUACGUUUUACGAACCACGGAGUCCAGAGGUUGAAGAAACCCUAUUUCUUGCCGACAGCGAUGAUAUACAAAGGAUAUAAGACGGUGUUCACGUCAGUGUUUUCUCACCGAAUUCAUCCACAGACCAACAUAUUGUGGAUAGGAACCUUCGACGGUUAUAUUCUAAAAAUAAACUUACAGCGGCCUUACUCAGAUAGGAAACCGUAUGUCUGGUUCGAUCUCAGCCAGAACAGAUCUCAGAGAGUGGAGCCAGAUCACGUGACAGACAACAGUAGUCAUAUCUUCCUACUGCAUGGAAACAAGGUUUCAAAAUUCCCACUGUAUUCAUGUCAAGUUCACACAACCUGUGGCGCAUGCAUGACAAGUGAAGACCCAUUGGAAUGCGGUUGGUGUCGAGACUCUUGCUUGAUGCAGGGGGAGUGCAACACUACGUGGUAUAACAAUAGUUGUCCUCCAUUCCUUCACAAAGUGUAUCCUCUAAGCGGCCCUCUUGAAGGUGGGACGGUUGUGACUAUCGAGGGCGAGAACUUCGGUGAAGACCAAAACACAGCGGCGAACGUGACCAUUGGACCAGCCGCAUGCCACAUAUUAAACAGGACAAACUCAAAAAUUGUGUGUAACACGAGCUCGGUGACAGACGAUAAUGAGUACGUAGUAACCGUGACGACAAACAGACUGGAGGUUGUCCGGCCAUCAGAAAUUGCCGUCUUUAAUUUCUCUUACAUGAUCCCCAGUCUACAUAGCAGGAACCCACCAGGUGGACCUCGUCAUGGAAACACGCUGCUUACAUUCCAUGGCAACAAUUUAGAGAUUGGAUCAAAUACAAAGAUAAUGAUUUCUAACAUCAUUUGUCCCAUUGUAGGGAAAAAUGAUACGUAUAUUCAGUGUCAAACAGACGAAUGCCAUGAAAUUCGAGACGGGAGAAAUUCACAACGCAUGACUUGUAAUGAAUGCUAUCCAAUCACAAUUACGAUAGAUGGCGCUGUAAUAAGCAAUGCAAACGACACAUUUUGCUAUAGAGAAGAUCCACAGAUAACUUAUUUAUCUAGGAACAAAACUACCAAAAGUGGGGGGUUGGCACUAGUUAUCAAUGGUAAAAAUUUGAACUCUGCAAAUACAUAUAAACUCCGCCUGAACUUAACGAAGGAGAGCAUCAUUAAAGAAAAUGAAUGUAAGAUUCGAAAUGAAAAACUCAUUUGUGAAACACCAGAUCUAUCAUCGUUCAUCUCACCAGUAACCAGUGCUGGUAUACAGAGUCGUAUGUGUGUUUUACUUGAAAACGAUGAAUAUUACUGGCGAGGUUGGACCGCGCGGAAUGAUGAUCGCAUGACAGUGUAUCCCGACCCCUUGUUCAACAGGGUAGACAAACGCGAAGUUCCUCUCAGAGAGGAAAAAGUGUUGCGGAUAAAUGGAAAAUAUUUGGAUUUGGCUCUAAAACCUGAGGAUUAUAACAUUACCGUGGAAAAUGUCUCAUGUCCAGUAACGGAGCUUACAAAGUUCUAUUUGAAAUGCGAUUUGACAAAGGCAAUAGAAAAACACUAUUUACUGGAAAGGAAAUCAUUGCUGGAUAUUAAGAUCAGAGUAGGGAAAAAAAUGUCUCAUCUUGGAAAUGUCGAAUUCCAGCACCAUAUCCAACCUGUUACAAGUCCUCGGCUAUUCGUUAUGGCCGGUCUAAUAGGAGUUUGCUUUAUUCUAGUUUUCAUGGUUGGAUUUUGUAUGCUAACUAAGCGUGUGGGACCUUUCCAAAGAAAGCGAGUCUCAUACACAUCAGCUGUUGUUUAUCAAGCUGAGAAUGCAAACAACCACCAUGUUGCAGAAGCGUUCCUCCAACCAGAAACAGACCCUGAUAGCAGUGCCAGCGCCAGACCCAAUGAUUAUGUCGACGGCAAGCAUAUCACAGAGAUUGGGGCUGUCGGCGGAUAUGACGAAGAUAUGAUAGACGACAUGGUGGCCGUCAUGAAAAGACAGAAUUUGCUUAUUGAUGGUGACUGCUUAAGACUGGGAACAGACUUAGGGCGAGGUAACUUUGGCUGCGUGUACAAGGGUUUUCUGAAGAGACCUAACGAGAAGUUUGAAUUGGUCGUUGCUGUGAAGACAAUCAUUCGUGCUGGAGCGAUUGAUGUGAACUCUUUCCUGAACGAAGCUUUGAUCAUGAAAGACUUCGACCAUCCUAAUGUUCUGACUCUGAUUGGGAUCACAAUGGACAAGGGGGAAUUCCCAAUGGUCAUUUUACCAUUCAUGUACAACGGGGCUUUGUUGACGUACAUCAGAGACGAAAACAAUAUGCCGACGGUUAAGAUGUUGGUUAGCUAUGGCCUUGACAUUGCCCAAGGAAUGGAAUAUCUAGCUAGUAUAAAGUUUGUUCACAGAGACCUGGCCGCCAGAAAUUGCAUGCUUGACAAAGAUUUUACAGUAAAGGUGGCAGAUUUUGGUCUCUCUAGAGACGUUUAUUCGAAGGAAUACUACAGCUGUGAAAACAAACAAAAAUUACCAGUCAAGUGGAUGGCUCCAGAGAGCUUAGAGCAGGGACGAUAUACCUCCAAAUCAGAUGUCUGGUCAUUAGGUGUGGUAUUAUGGGAGCUAAUGACAAGGGGAGCUCAACCGUAUCCGGAAGUAGACAACUGGGACAUGUCUAUAUACCUCAAAAGUGGGCGGAGAUUACCGAGACCCGAGUAUUGCCCAAUGAUGCUGUACCGGGUUAUGUUGAAGUGUUGGUUAGAAAAUCCCAUCAAUAGACCAACGUUUCAGGAACUGGCAGACGAAAUCAUGAAUCUUAUAGAAGCCAAGGAUAAAUCCUACACAUUGAUUGACACACAAGUGGACCUGGAACGAUGUACAAAUUACCACUACAUGGACCACCUGAGUUUAGCACGACAGCGCAGCCUCAGUGCCAAACAGUCCGUCACCUCUGACGAUGCACCGCUUUUGUUUUGAUGGGCAAAUUUCUUGGGUUUUAUUUAAAUGUGAUCAAUGUCGCUGUGUCAUUUGUAUCAACAUGUGCUCUCUGAUCUGAACACAGACAGUCAAUACCAGUAUACUAGCUUGUAUUGCUUAUUUUUUGUAAGAAUACUUGGCGAAUUAUGCUCAACUAAAUGCAUGGUUCAUUUUCUAGCAUACCAAGAUAUUGUGGCUGCGUACAAUGUGCGAUGACAACCAGCUAGUUUUCGAUAAUGUGCCAUUGAAAACAAUCUCCGAGAGAACAAAUGAAAAUAUGUGUUUUUUGUGUAGUAAUAGUUUCAUUUAUAUUUUCCUUAAGAUACAUCACUCAAGAAAUUGAACUUGUCUUGCAUGCUGGUUGAAAAUCAUACAUUCCUGUGAUAUAUUUCCACAUGGUAAUUUAAAUUUCUGAAUCGCAUCCAUUUAUGUGCAUGCAAUCCUUUCCACAUUUCAAUUUCCCCGGUUUUGUCUUAUUCUUACUAGCCAUGCUUAAACAAGGUUUGCAUGAUAAUCAUUGACGAACCACAAAAAAUAACUCCUGUGUGAUAUGAUGAAUACAAGAUUAAAAUUCUCCGCAAUUUAAGAGAUAUAUUGCCCAUAUUGCUGAUUUGGUAUGUCACCCAAUGGUCUGUCAGGUGACAUGGGUUUUAACUCGGUUUCCAGGUGGCUUGGAAUUUACUCUUGUUUCCUGGUGGCAUGUGAUUUACUCUGUUUGCGGGUGGCAUGUGUUUUACACUAUUUCCGGUUACUCUGUUUCAGGGUGGCAUGUGUUUUACUCUGUUUCCGCUUACUUUGUUUCAGGGUGACGUGUGUUUUACUUUAUUUCUGGGUGACAUGGGGUUUACUCUGCCACUAGGCGGCUUGCCAUUUAUUGAACAAUUUUAGAUGAAAGAAUGCUUAUGCUAUCAUACACUUGUAACUGUCAGAAACUACAUGUACAAAUGUAUAAAUCUACGUGUAUAUAAAAUAAAGUUAUUUAAUUGAUCAAUCGAUAUAUAAGGCUCUCGGCGGGUGUGACCAGUCAACAGGGGAUUCUUACUCCUUCUAAGCACUUGAUGUCCAGGGUUCUGUGUUUGCUUAUAUUUUGUAUUUUUUAUAGGAGUUAUGAGAUUGAUCACUGUUCGUUAUCUUCACUUUAUCAAUGAAAUCGCAUUUAAUUUUUUUUCAACAGCCUUCGUAUUAUGUGACAUACUUUAAAGGGACAUGUGCACGAUUGUGGUAAAAAGGAGAACAUUAAUGAUUUGAAAAUACUUGGUAUGAGUCAAUCAUACAACGUAACAACAAACCAAAAUUUAAUUCUAAAAACUGAUGCGAAGAUGUAUAAACUUUCCUUUUUCCAAUCAAGGCACGGAUCCUGUUUAUGUUUACGUGUUACGUGACUCAACUAACAACACGACGACAAAAUGAACAGCAAUGAUAAAAAAAGCUUUAACGAUAAAAAGUUAGAGUUAUUUGUUCUUUGUACGUACACCUCGAAUUGGUUUUAUCGGUAACUUGUUUAAAAGUAUUAUUAUUUAUGAGGAAUCUUUAUUUCUAUAACGAAAGGGGUUCAUUUCAAACGAUCAAAAAUCAUGUCCAUGCCGCUUUAAAAGAAGUAAUGGUGAUAUAAGGUUGAACAAUUCAUUCGUAAUACAAAUCUGUCAUGAUUUUAUGACCUUUCCGAUAAGAAUAGAAAUUCCUGUAACAUGAACUUAAGUACAGUGUAACAUGACUUUAUGACCUGUGCGAUAAGGUUUUGGGGAUAAUUCGGUAAUUCGGUAAGGUCCGCAAGGAAAUAAAAAUCUUCACCAUACUGACUUUCAAAUAAUCAAGAAUAGCAUUGUUGAAUGACUCAUUAUAGGAAAUCUGCUUUUGGUAUCAGUUACGAAUUGAAAAUAGAUCUAUAACUUCAUAGUUAUUUCGGAUUUCAAACAUUUCGGUUGAGCAUCACUGAAGAGACAUUAUUUGUCGAAAUGCGCAUCUGGUGCAUCAAAAUUGGUACCUAUAAGUUUUACAUUAUGACCCCUUGGUCGAGGCCUCUGCUGGUGGACUGUUAGUCCCCGAGGGUCUCUACAGCCCAGUAGCUAAGUACUUCGUUACUAGCUUGGAAAUACGGAUGUAUAUUUAAUUACUGUUAUAAAAUUUAGAAAUUCAUUUCAAAAUUAAGGAUUAUCUCCCUCAUGCAUAGCUCUUAUCCUUGGACGAAUUUGGCUCCACUUUUUUUGGCACGCUGUUUUUGUCUAUAUUUAGCUCUAAAACUUCAAAGUUAUUUCGGAUUUCAAACAUUUCGGUUGAGCAUCACUGAAGAGACAUUAUUUGUCGAAAUGCGCAUCUGGUGCAUCAAAAUUGGUACCGUAUAAGUUUUACAUCUAUCUGAAUGAGUUAUAAUUUAAUGGUAGUUCUAUGAGAUCAUGAUAGUCCUUUGCGUCUGGAAAUUAGAAGAAGAAAAAAAAAUGCAUAUUUCAGAUGAAUCCACUCCCAUACUCGUCGAAUGAUAUAAUAUUUUGUAGAUUAUGUAAUACAUAUCACUAAAUUAGUAUGCACAUAUACAUUGUACGUGUGACCGUUGGACCGAGCGAAGCGUGAAAUGGUCAUUGGCCAAUCGGAUCAUGCUCGUCUUUUUCCGUAACCGGAAAAAAGAUUGGGUCAUUGGAGUUUCCCAAGCGAUAAAAUCCCAAGUACAUGUAUAUAUAGCUUUUUAACAAAGCUUGCCGUGUUAUACAGUAAACUAACCGUUCGCGGUAGCUCUGUGGUAGAGCGUUCGCCCCGCUCGUGCCAUGGCCGCGUCAAACUUAAAAUAAGACGUUAAAAUAAGUAGUGAUUUCUCAUUCGCCAAACGUUCGGCCUUUAGAAGUAAGAAUCACGGGUCUUUCUGAAAUGACCCUAAAACCGGAGGUCCCGUGCAGGCGUUGAAACGAUAAAAGACCCUCUCUACGGCAUUGAACGCUAAACAUAGGUCUAAAUUUGUGGUAUUUCACCCACAGCUGGUGACGUCUCAGUAUGAGUGAAAAGUUCUCGACGGGACGUAAAAAGCAAUCUAUCAAUCAAUAUACAGUAAAAUGAGAUAAAUUUAUCAUAUUCUUUAAGUAUUUAUAUAAUUUUUAAAUGACCACAUAAUCAAACUUUUCCAAAAUGCUAAAUCUCAUAUAAAAUGAAAACACCUGCUAGAAACUACUGUUAUAAUUUUUCUAGGAAGAAAUAGCCGAGAAUUGCCCAUCGAGAAGAAUUUUAAGGUUUGCGUGCAAAAAAGACCAUUUCUGUUAUUUGUUGAAUUAUAGAAAAGGUUCUGAUAGUUGAUAUGAAUAACUUUCAUUAUAUAUUGCAAUUUUCUUCUCUUCGUUUUCUCUAUUUAUUUU